CCACAGACCUCGGGCCGCCUGCCCGCUCGCCGGCCGGCCGGCUGACUGACUGAGUGAGUGGCUGGCUGACUGACUGACUGACUCGCCCUGGCCGGCACGCAGAAUUGGCAACUGGAGAGUGCCCUUGUCAUCAAACAGGAACGUCUGCUAUGAGUUAGCAAGACAUUGAUGUUCACAGGAUAUUAUUUUGAACGUUGUUGAAAAUGUCCACUCCUGACCCUCCAAUGGGAGGAACGCCUCGCCCUGGGCCUUCUCCUGGGCCGGGGCCUUCUCCUGGUGCUAUGCUGGGUCCUAGUCCUGGACCGUCCCCCGGUUCUGCACAUAGCAUGAUGGGCCCCAGCCCUGGGCCACCUUCAGCAGGGCACCCUAUACCACCACAGGGGCCUGGAGGUUAUUCUCAGGACAACAUGCAUCAGUUGCAUAAGCCAAUGGACUCCAUGCAUGAGAAAGGACUCUCGGAGGACCCUCGUUACAGCCAGAUGAAGGGCAUGGGGAUGAGGGCUGGUGGGCACACAGGAAUGGGACCUCCUCCAAGCCCCAUGGAUCAGCAUUCUCAAGGUUACCCUUCUCCCCUUGGUGGCUCUGAGCAUGCGUCCAGUCCAGUUCCUGCUAAUGGCCCGUCUUCUGGCCCCCAGAUGCCCUCUGGCCCUGGAGGAGUUCCGUUAGAUGGGACUGACCCACAAGCUCUAGGGCAGCAGAAUCGGGGGCCAACUCCUUUUAACCAGAAUCAGUUGCAUCAGUUGAGGGCUCAAAUCAUGGCCUAUAAAAUGCUUGCCAGAGGACAGCCUUUACCUGACCAUCUUCAGAUGGCAGUGCAGGGAAAAAGGCCCAUGCCUGGAAUGCAGCAGCAAAUGCCAACUCUACCUCCACCUUCUGUAUCUGGGACAGGACCAGUGCAAGGACCGGGGCCUGCCCUGGGCCCAACACCUCCAAACUACAACAGACCUCAUGGUAUGGGAGGGCCUAACAUGCCCCCUCCUGGACCCUCAGGAGUUCCCCCAGGAAUGCCGGGGCAGCCCCCGGGUGGACCUCCAAAGCCCUGGCCUGAAGGACCAAUGGCGAAUGCUGCAGCCCCUACUAGCACACCUCAGAAGUUGAUUCCUCCUCAGCCAACAGGCCGCCCUUCACCAGCACCUCCAGCGGUACCUCCAGCAGCAUCCCCGGUAAUGCCUCCCCAAACUCAAUCACCUGGGCAACCAGCCCAACCAGCCCCAAUGGUGCAGCUCCAUCAGAAACAAAAUCGUAUAACUCCAAUCCAGAAACCAAGAGGACUUGACCCAGUUGAAAUCCUUCAAGAGAGAGAAUAUAGACUGCAGGCUCGCAUCGCUCACAGAAUCCAAGAACUUGAAAACCUUCCUGGUUCCCUGGCUGGUGACUUGCGAACCAAAGCUACCAUUGAACUUAAAGCAUUGCGGUUGCUCAACUUCCAGAGACAGCUGCGUCAAGAGGUUGUGGUGUGUAUGAGAAGGGACACCGCGCUGGAAACGGCCCUGAAUGCCAAGGCUUAUAAGCGCAGCAAACGGCAGUCCUUGCGGGAGGCUCGCAUUACCGAGAAAUUGGAGAAACAGCAAAAGAUUGAGCAAGAGCGCAAGCGUCGGCAGAAGCACCAAGAGUACCUCAAUAGCAUUCUCCAGCAUGCCAAGGAUUUCAAAGAAUACCACAGAUCUGUUACAGGCAAGAUUCAAAAACUUACGAAGGCAGUGGCCACGUAUCAUGCCAACACGGAGCGUGAGCAGAAGAAGGAGAAUGAAAGAAUUGAGAAGGAGAGGAUGCGCAGGCUGAUGGCUGAAGAUGAAGAAGGAUAUCGGAAACUUAUCGAUCAAAAGAAAGAUAAACGUUUAGCCUACCUGCUUCAGCAGACUGACGAAUACGUUGCCAACCUCACAGAGCUGGUGAGACAGCACAAGGCUGCUCAGGUGGCAAAAGAGAAGAAGAAGAAGAAGAAAAAGAAGAAGGCUGAAGCUGCAGAAGGACAGACACCAGCAAUUGGACCAGAUGGAGAACCUUUGGAUGAAACGAGCCAAAUGAGCGACCUCCCUGUGAAGGUGAUCCAUGUGGAAAGUGGAAACAUUCUUACUGGCACAGAUGCCCCAAAGGCAGGGCAACUGGAUGCCUGGUUAGAAAUGAAUCCCGGAUAUGAAGUAGCUCCAAGAUCUGACAGUGAGGAAAGUGGAUCAGAGGAGGAGGAAGAGGAGGAGGAAGAGGAACAGCCACAACCUGCUCAGCCUUCCUUACCUGUGGAAGAGAAGAAAAAGAUUCCUGAUCCGGACAGUGACGAUGUAUCCGAAGUGGAUGCAAGGCACAUUAUAGAGAACGCUAAGCAAGAUGUGGAUGAUGAGUAUGGAGUGUCUCAAGCCCUGGCAAGAGGGCUGCAGUCUUACUAUGCUGUGGCCCAUGCAGUCACUGAGAGGGUGGAUAAGCAGUCCUCGCUCAUGGUGAACGGUGUCCUCAAACAGUACCAGAUUAAAGGCUUAGAGUGGCUAGUUUCCUUGUACAAUAAUAAUCUAAACGGGAUCUUGGCGGAUGAAAUGGGUCUUGGCAAGACAAUCCAGACCAUCGCUUUAAUUACAUACCUCAUGGAGCACAAACGAAUCAAUGGACCCUUCCUCAUUAUAGUACCUCUGUCAACUCUCUCAAAUUGGGCAUAUGAAUUUGAUAAAUGGGCACCUUCUGUGGUGAAGGUCUCAUACAAGGGCUCUCCAGCUGCCAGACGGGCAUUUGUACCUCAGCUCCGAAGUGGAAAAUUUAACGUUUUGCUCACUACGUAUGAAUAUAUCAUCAAAGAUAAGCACAUUCUUGCAAAGAUCCGUUGGAAAUACAUGAUUGUUGAUGAGGGUCACCGAAUGAAGAAUCACCACUGCAAGCUAACCCAGGUUCUGAACACGCACUACGUAGCUCCCCGUCGCUUGCUUUUGACGGGGACACCACUACAGAAUAAGCUGCCCGAGCUAUGGGCUUUACUCAACUUCCUUCUUCCAACUAUCUUCAAGAGCUGCAGCACAUUCGAACAGUGGUUUAACGCUCCGUUUGCCAUGACUGGAGAAAAGGUGGAUUUGAAUGAAGAGGAAACUAUUCUAAUCAUUCGCCGUUUGCACAAAGUGUUGCGUCCCUUCUUGCUAAGAAGGUUAAAGAAGGAAGUGGAAGCACAGCUGCCUGAAAAGGUGGAAUAUGUGAUCAAAUGUGAUAUGUCUGCAUUGCAAAGGGUACUUUAUAGGCAUAUGCAAGCCAAGGGAGUGCUGCUUACAGAUGGGUCAGAGAAGGAUAAAAAGGGUAAAGGCGGUACAAAAACACUCAUGAACACUAUUAUGCAGCUGAGGAAGAUUUGCAACCAUCCUUAUAUGUUUCAGCACAUAGAGGAAUCCUUUUCUGAGCACUUAGGCUUCACUGGUGGGAUCGUGCAAGGGCUUGACUUGUAUCGUGCUUCUGGCAAAUUUGAGCUCCUGGACCGGAUUUUGCCCAAAUUACGAGCCACCAACCACAAGGUGCUGCUGUUCUGUCAGAUGACCUCUCUCAUGACCAUAAUGGAGGACUAUUUUGCUUACCGCGGCUUCAAAUACCUCAGGCUAGAUGGGACCACUAAAGCUGAAGAUCGCGGCAUGCUGCUGAAAACCUUCAAUGAGCCAGGUUCUGAAUAUUUUAUUUUUUUGCUGAGCACCCGAGCUGGAGGGCUGGGACUCAAUCUGCAGUCGGCGGAUACUGUGAUCAUUUUUGACAGUGACUGGAAUCCUCACCAGGACUUGCAGGCACAGGACCGAGCACAUCGCAUUGGGCAGCAGAACGAAGUGCGUGUGCUGCGCCUCUGUACUGUGAACAGUGUGGAGGAGAAGAUUCUGGCUGCGGCCAAGUACAAGCUGAAUGUAGACCAGAAGGUUAUCCAGGCGGGCAUGUUUGACCAGAAAUCCUCCAGUCACGAGAGAAGAGCUUUCCUCCAGGCUAUUUUGGAGCACGAGGAGCAAGAUGAGACCAGAUACAGCACGGGCAGCGGCAGUGGCAGCGCAAGCUUUUCCCAUACUGCCUCAACCCUGUGCCUCAACUCCGACUCGGAGGAGCCACCUUUAAAGGAAGAAGAUGAAGUUCCUGAUGAUGAGACAGUAAACCAGAUGAUUGCCAGACACGAGGAGGAGUUUGAUCUUUUUAUGCGCAUGGACCUGGAUCGCAGGCGAGAAGAAGCCCGCAAUCCAAAGCGAAAGCCUCGUCUGAUGGAGGAGGAUGAAUUGCCCUCCUGGAUCAUUAAAGAUGAUGCUGAAGUGGAGAGGCUCACGUGCGAGGAAGAGGAAGAGAAAAUGUUUGGGCGAGGCUCUCGUCACCGAAAGGAAGUGGACUAUAGUGACUCGCUUACUGAGAAGCAGUGGCUCAAGGUAUACAUGGCCAUUGAGGAGGGGACCCUGGAGGAGAUAGAGGAGGAGGUGCGCCAGAAGAAAUCCUCCCGCAAGCGUAAGCGCGACGUGGAUGUCGGCUCCUCCACCCCCACUACCAGCACUCGCAGCCGAGACAAAGACGACGACAGCAAAAAGCAGAAGAAGCGAGGCAGGCCUCCCGCUGAGAAGCUCUCGCCCAACCCACCCAACCUCACCAAGAAAAUGAAGAAGAUCGUGGAUGCUGUGAUUAAAUACAAGGACAGCAGCAGUGGACGGCAGCUUAGCGAAGUCUUCAUCCAACUUCCUUCUCGUAAGGAGCUUCCGGAGUACUAUGAGCUCAUUCGCAAGCCAGUGGAUUUCAAGAAAAUAAAGGAACGUAUCCGGAACCACAAGUACCGUAGCCUGAAUGAUCUAGAGAAGGAUGUCAUGCUCCUGUGUCAAAACGCACAAACGUUCAACCUUGAGGGCUCUUUGAUUUAUGAGGACUCGAUCGUGUUGCAAUCUGUCUUCACCAGUGUAAGGCAGAAAAUCGAAAAAGAGGAAGACAGCGAAGGUGAGGAGAGCGAAGAGGAGGAGGAAGGAGAAGAGGAAGGAUCUGAAUCCGAGUCUCGUUCUGUUAAAGUGAAGAUCAAACUGGGCAGGAAGGAGAAAGCACAAGACCGGAUGAAGGGCCGCAGGCGCACGAGCCGUGGCUCCCGGGCCAAGCCGGUCGUCAGCGAUGAUGACAGCGAAGAGGAACAAGAGGAGGAUCGCUCAGGAAGCGGCACCGAAGACGAUUAAGCAACAUUCCCAGCGCGCAGACCUGACGCCUUGGUCUGCGCCCCUUUAGCUGCAACGGGUAGCAAGAAACGUAGUGUCAGAUGUGGGUAAAAUUGUAUAAAACUCUUCCAUAUUUAUACUGCAGUGAAGAUGUAGGACGUUUGUGUCUUGCCUUGUCCUUACAUCAGUAGCAUUUGUAACAGCAUUAACUGUUUUAAAAAAAAAUUAUGAAUUGGGGAACACUUGAUAUAUAUAUAUAUAUAUAUAUAUAUAUAUAUUUUCUUUUUAUGGCAGUACUAUUUUCAGUUGCAGUAUUGAAUCACUGUAGUUUUAACCUGUGGGUGCAUGUGUGUAGCAGUCCACUCCUAGUACUGUAUUUUAUGGAACAGGUUGAAUGGCCACCUGCCCGCCAGGUGAGGAGAAGGGGGCAGCGGCAACUGUGUCCGUGUCACUGGAUUUCAAACAGUAAUAAAUUAAGCAAAAAAACCCACAAAACCCAACACCUUGCUUUUGGAAGCUGUCUUCCCCCCCCCCCUCCCCCUAACUGUGCUGUCAUCUUGCCUCCUGUUCCUUCGACUGAAUGAGGGCUCGGUAGCCAAUCCUUACACGUCCCCACUAGUCACUGCUUCUCAUCCCCAGCUUGCCUCUGCCAAGCCUUCCAGCAUCCAAUCAGCUGGUUGUCGUCCAGCUUCCACACCGAUUUUAUUAGCUCCAGAGGGUUAGCCAUGUUCAUCUAUUGCAGUGGUCAUGAACUAAGGAUAGCUCAGAAGAAUGCAGCCUAUUCAGAAUUCUGCUACAUAUACACAAGUUCCUCCACUCCGUGUGUAGAAGUUGCUGCCCAGAGAUGGUAUGGAGGCAGAGAUUUGAGCUCCUGCUCUCCUCAAAUAGGACUGGUUGGCUGUGUUCCUCCUGCAAAGCCCAGUUUGUAGCCCAGUCUUUACCUGCCCCUCUGCUUUGCAGUGCUGUUUUUCCUCUGCUUAGUUCCAUAGGCAAGGGGUGAAAUCCUUCCAAGUCGCUGAGGGCCACGUAUGUAUUACUAUCUACUUUGUCCCUACCACGCCAUUCUCCCCAACGGGAAUCUAAAGCCAUUUACAUUAUUCUCCUCUCCUCCAUUUUAUCCGUACAACAACCCUGCCAGGUAGGUUAGGCUGAGGUAUGCAGCUUGCCCAAGGUCACCCAGCAAGCUUCCAGGGCAGAGCGGGGAUUUGAACCUGGGCCUCUCAGUUCCUCGUCCAGCAUUUUAACCAUUAUACCACACUGGCUCAGAGCUUAUGCUCUCGUUGUGCUGGUUGGACUUGAUCACUUGCCAACGUCAUUUGAUGUGUUGAUGCUCAAAGAGGAUGUUGUGGAAUUGCCCCAUAGGAGUACACUUGGCUGUACCUGGGAGGCCUGGCAUUCUAAAGGGUACUCCCUAAAAGCUGAGUGU